GUUUGUAAUAUCUGUUGAUUCUGGCUAAACUUUGAUGUUAUUACUCUGUGUUUGGUUGGUGUUUUCGUUGCAACGCACGAGUACUUACCUAGUAUUGUUAUAUUGAUUUUUUCUGAACGGAAAAAAGUAUUGGUCUAUCAUAUGAUAUCGACUCCGAUGUAUGAUAGUACAUCAGCACAGUUGCAAUGUAAGCAUAUAUGCAACUUGGUUCUAUUGUUUCUGGUGCAUCGAGGGACCAUCAAUGAAACGUGAAAAAAAAAAGGCAGAAGCAAACAUGACAGUGAAUUCACAGUACAGACAAUGGUGGUGGGCCCUCGCCAAUGCUCGUAGCGUAUGCAAGUUGGAUUGACGAGGACUUGGGCACAGACCACAUGACUUCUGCUGGGAGACUAGGACGACCUUGAGCUCAGUUUAGAAUUUACGGUGCAGCUAGCUCCUUGAGUGCUGUAUGGCUUCUCUGGGCGUUGCAAGCCACUGCGUUCAUUUCAGAAUUUCCUCGCGCUUUCCACCUCGUUUCGGGCCACUCAACAGGUUUAGAGCUAGCUCAAGAUGCAUGCACUCAGAGUGCAGCUCUUGUGUUCUGGUUGGCAUCCUAUGAAGUAGGAACCAUCCUCCGCAUAUCCUUGAGCUUUCCACCUUGCUUCGGGGCAGCCAACUGGUAAAUGAUGCCCACUCCGACUUCCACUUCUAUAUAUAUAUAUAUGGCUCGUUCGAUUGGAUAAUAGUGGACACAGCCACUGCACCUUCUCUGAAGUGUUCCCGAUCAUAUCCCAACCUCCCCUUCAAGUUCGUUCCAUCAGUAGCCAGCUGUGUGAUCAGAACUUGGUGCUGCACGCCGCUACAAUUCAGAGGAAAACUAACCCGGUCCAUUAACCCCCCAUGCCGGAAAUCACGGAGAUGGUGGUCGGAGCCGUUGUUCAGGAGGGCGUGAGCAGAAGCAUCUCCUACGUGCUGGGAAAGCGCAAGGAGAGGACGUCCGGAGGCCACAUCGCAGAGAGGCUCGAGAUGGCGCUCACCACAUUGGGGCUUGCUCUCGAGAUGUCUGCGAAGCUGCCAAUCACAGACGUCUGGCUCCUUCACCGUCGGAAGAUGUUAAAGCGCGCCUAUGACGAGGCCGCGGAUCUGCUCAACAGGCACAAGCAGCAAGCACUGCAACAAGACCAGGAGGAUACCGGGGUAACAAGUUCUUCCUUCCCUAAACGUUGGCUUGCUUGUGCUAGAAAGCCGUCCAUCUUGUCUCUGAUUGGCUUGAGAACGGACGAGACGCGCUUGAGUUGCUCCGAUGUCGGUAGAUUUGAAAUGUUUGCAGAUUGGGCCGACAAGUUUGUAAAAAAGGUGGUGUACGGCAUUUCACUUCGGCGGCACCACACCUUUCGCUACCCUCUUAUAAGGCAGCUUCUUGAAGGGAAAACUCUCAGGUAUGAAAAGGUGCAAGGAAGCCAAUCACGCCGUAUUUGCAUAUGGCCCAUACCCUCGGAAGGGCGUGGCGUAGAGGUAUAUCUAUAUUAUAGCUACGAGGAUCGCAAGAUGCCUGCGAAAUUUUUCGAUCUAGACCUGCUGCUACGAAUCUCCGAAUGCACGGACAUAGUUGGGACUGCUAUUAGCUGCUUGCAGCAAUUGGCAUCUCAGUUCAAUAUUGCGACUGAAUAUGUGAUAGGAGAAAUCAUUCUACUAUCUAGUUUACAAGGUAUUUCCCAUUCGGAUGCUCUUCCAUGGGAAUGGAGGCAAGAAAUAAUUGUCGAGAAUGCAAAAUUCUUACGCCCAGAUCCAAUAUGUUGCACAAACAACGCUGUCUCGUCAUGUGUGCCAUCACUCGGACUUCCAGAGCCAGUUGUCGAGUUCUAUUUUACUUGCUAUGUUUCAGCUGUGGAGUACAUCUUGCAUAGCUCAACAGAUGAAGUGGGCAUGAACUCGCCACCUCUGUAUCUGGAUAUUAAGUUGCUGCCUCAUUGUGAUUUAUGGGGCCCACAGAAGCAGAUUAGCCUGCGGUUUGAGGGCAAAGAAGAAAAUAUAGAUGGUAGCAUACAACAUACGGAGGCGAUGCUAAGAUCAAAGGCAAUCGAUUACUUGGUCCGCCAGCCAGGUGACGCGGACUAUCAAAUGGUCUGGUCCUCUCCACAUGGUCUUGGACUUAUUUGGUUGGAGAAGCCAAGCGCCAAACCAACGUGGGUUCGAAGACCCGGCCGGAUUAGGCAGCAGGUCAUUUGUGCUUAGGCCUGCACGAGGUGUAUCAAUCCCAAGGCCUAUCCUUUGCCACUUAAUUUGGUAAGGUCCUAACUCAACGAAAAUGUUCUUUAGAUAUGUGUAUUGGUCGUGUUUCAUUCUCCUAGCUGCUAGCUAGCUUGUGUGGUGUCCGGUGUUUAUAUCAUUCUAAAGAUGGCAUUUAUCUGUACCGUGUUUCUCUUUCUCCAUGUAAUCAGCACAGAUCCUGCUACUAUUUGAGAAAUAAAACUAAUUUUCUAUGUCUA